AUGCAGAGCCCAGACCCUCAUCCACCACCCGUCACUCCCAGUGAACAAAGGGAAGUCCUCUUCUCACGUGCCAGAUCUGCUUGUUGUAAUGGGAUCUAUCAGCUUGUUCAUUACUAUGGAAGAACUCAUUCCAAUAGAGCUCUUGAUCUGUUGUCGAAGAUCAAGGAGCCACACGAUAAGACAUUCUUGGAUUCGCUGUCUGACACUAUAAAAGAAAAGAAAAUCAUGGCAACGUUGGAUCUCCUAGGACAGAUAGUGCAGACUGCUCCCAGCUGGACACCAAAGAUAGCGCUUCACCCAGUAUUCAAAGCUAUCUUGCAACACAUCGUGGUAACAAAGGAAUUGGAUGAAUGCAUUGGGGCGCUUUUAUUUGUGACUGCUCUUCUCCCACACUGCUCGUCAUUGCCACUCGAUGUCUUAAAUACAAUCUUCCACGCAUUUAUCGAAGGCUGUCAUACAUACCGAAUGAAGACUAAGCGGUUCUGA